AGCAGCAUAUAAAAGACGAUACUCCGUGCUCCUGUUUGGAUCUUUCAUCCGGUCCCAAGACAGUCAGUGAAGUUGUGGGAAAUAAAACAAACAUGGCAAGGUUCUCAGUUUUAGCAGGGUUAUGUCUGGCAUUAUUCCACCUGGGCUCAGCCAGCAGAAUGGAAUGCUACUUCACCAACUGGUCUCAGUACAGGCCAGGCGAUGGCAAGUUCCUGCCACAAAAUGUUGACCCCUUCCUGUGCACCUCUCUUAUCUAUGCAUUUUCCAUCAUCAACCACAACAAUGAACUGGUUACCUACGAGUGGAAUGACGACGUCCUUUACAAGGCUUUCAAUGAGCUGAAGAACAAGAAUCCCCAUCUGAAGACGCUGCUGGCUGUUGGUGGAUGGAACUUUGGCUCAACGCAAUUCUCCAUUAUGGUGUCCAAUGCUGCCAACCGUCAGAAGUUCAUUCAGUCUUCCAUCAAAUUCCUGAGGACUCAUGGAUUUGAUGGACUGGAUCUGGACUGGGAGUACCCUGGUUCACGUGGAAGUCCCCCAGAAGACAAGCAAAGGUUCACUUUGCUAUGCAGGGAACUUGUUCAAGCCUACGCAGCUGAGGCCAAAUCCACUGGCAAACCUCAGCUCAUGUUGACCGCUGCAGUGGCUGCUGGGAAAGGAACCAUUGACGCUGGAUACGAGAUUGCUGAGAUUGCCAAGGAACUCGACUUCAUUAAUGUGAUGACCUACGACUUCCAUGGCACCUGGGAGCAAUUCACAGGCCACAACAGUCCUCUGUUCCGUGGAUCCCAAGACUUUGGUGACCUUAUCUAUUUCAAUAUUGACUUUGCCAUGAAUUACUGGAGAGACAAUGGCACCCCAUCAGAGAAGCUGAGGAUGGGAUUUCCUGCUUAUGGCCGUACCUUCCGUUUGACUUCAACAAAUUCAAAUGUUGGUGCACCAGCUAAUGGUCCCGCAUCAGCUGGACCAUACACACGUGAAGCUGGGUUCUGGGCCUACUAUGAGAUCUGCAGCUUCAUAAAAGAUGCCACCAUUCAGUGGAUUGAUGACCAGAAGGUUCCCUAUGCAACCAAAAACAGUGAAUGGGUGGGAUUCGACAACAAAGACAGUUAUGUAACUAAGGUUAACUACCUGCAAGAGCAAAAGUUUGGUGGUGCCUUCGUGUGGGCUCUGGAUUUAGAUGACUUUGCAGGAAAAUUCUGCGGUGAAGGCGCCCACCCUCUGCUGGGUCAUCUUAACAAACUUCUCAAUAUUGAGCGUCCACCAAUGCCCUCAACCACCACCACUAAACCCGGAGCCAGCACCACCUCUCCAACCACCACCACCACCACCACCACACACGCUCCAGGACCCGGAUUUUGCAACGGCAAGCCCGAUGGCCUUUAUGCCAACCCAGACGACAGGAACACUUUCUACAUGUGUGCUGGUGGUAUCACACAUAUUCAGUACUGUGGAAAUGGAUCCAUCUUUGAUGAAGGCUGUAAGUGCUGUGUUUGGCCCUGAUCAGUCUGUGGACAGCAUUAGACACUCAUGCAAAUCUAACUAAUUAAAAAGACUGUCAAACUCCUCUUUCAUCUGCUUUGUAUAUGAUCAGUUCCCUAAAUGAGUCCAUUACAGAUACAGGCUUUGGUUUUAGAGAAAAUUGUGAUAAAAAAACAACUAAUACUGCA